CUUUCGUCAUACCAUGUAAAAAAAAAUGUGUGGCUGAAGUUAGUGAUGAGAGAAUGGCCUCUUCUCUGCAUUCGACAGUCGCCAUUAUUUGACUGCAGGGAUAGACACGAGACACAUUUAGUUCGGAAAUAUCGGUAUUGUGAACGCUUUUCGCGUAUGUUUUGCGGUAAUACUAGCCUUUAUUUACACGUGUGCUUACGAUUGUGUUAGCCAGGAGCUUUAUCUUCCGACAGAAAAAGCACAUCAAUUAUAGCUAAAUUAGCUAGCGGGUUAUAGGCUAAUAGGUAGCUAGCUAACGUUAUCAAGCCAUUGAUUUAGCUAAUCCUCACAUAGGAAGCUAUCUUGAUAAUAGCUUUAACCGUGUGCAUUUUGGUUAAUAAGAUGGCUGUUUGCUAACCAAAAAUCUACUAACCUGAAAGUGAACGAAUUGAGAAGAGCUCAGCUUCUGCCUAACUGUUACGAAGCAAGUGCGCUUUAUGGAACGCGACUUUUGGCCAGUUGGCUAGUCAUUGAGGACUGAUCUGCUUGCCUGUGAGUACGUGAAGGACUGCUAUCAAGAAGCCCCUUGGAAGGAGUGGAAGAACUGCUUACCGCGUCCGAACUGACAAAAUUGAUCUCAUCAACAAGCGAAGUGAUUCAGAGCUCCAGAAGAACAGUGAGAAGUGGAGAACAGUUGCAAGUGAGAGAGAGAGAGGGCAAGGGCUACGGAAUCCCACCAGAAACCAUGUCGGAAGGAGAAGGGAAACCAGUCCUGCCCUCAGCCCCAGAGGCCAAGCCAGAGACAGUCACCUCGGCCCCCAUUGCCCAGGGUGUGUCUUCAGUUUCCCCACCUGUUUCAGCUGUAGGCCAGGGGCCUCCAGCCACUGCUACAGAGGAUGAGGAGGAGGAGAGCGAGGAUGAAUCAGAGAUCCUGGAGGAGAGCCCAUGUGGACGCUGGCAGAAACGGAGAGAGGAGGUGAACCAGCGUAAUGUGCCCGGAAUUGACAGUGCCUACUUAGCCAUGGACACAGAGGAGGGUGUGGAGGUGGUGUGGAAUGAGGUCAUGUUCUCUGAGAGGAAGAAUUUCAAGCUGCAGGAGGAAAAAGUCAAAGCAGUUUUUGACAACUUGAUCCAGUUGGAGCAUCUCAAUAUUGUGAAGUUUCACAAAUACUGGGCAGAUGUGAAAGAAAACCGAGCACGGGUCAUUUUUAUUACAGAGUACAUGUCUUCAGGAAGCUUGAAACAGUUUCUGAAAAAGACCAAGAAAAACCACAAAACGAUGAAUGAAAAGGCAUGGAAGCGCUGGUGCACUCAGAUCCUGUCAGCUCUCAGCUAUCUGCACUCAUGUGAUCCACCAAUCAUUCAUGGGAACCUGACCUGCGACACCAUCUUCAUCCAGCACAAUGGGUUGAUCAAGAUUGGCUCAGUGGCCCCGGACACCAUCAACAACCAUGUCAAAACCUGUCGGGAGGAGCAGAAGAACCUGCACUUUUUUGCACCAGAAUAUGGAGCUGUAGCAGAUGUCACUACAGCGGUUGAUAUUUAUUCCUUCGGAAUGUGCGCCUUAGAGAUGGCUGUGCUGGAGAUCCAAAGCAAUGGAGAGUCUUCAUAUGUAUCACAGGAAGCCAUUAACAGUGCCAUUCAGUCCCUGGAGGACCCACUUCAGAGAGAAUUCAUACAGAAGUGUCUGGAGGCAGACCCUAGUAAGCGGCCGACAGCGAAGGAGCUGCUGUUCCAUCAGGCGCUGUUUGAAGUGCCGCAGCUCAAGCUGCUGGCUGCCCACUGCAUUGUCAGUCAUCAGCACAUGAUUCCGGAAAAUGCUUUAGAAGAAAUUACCAAGAACAUGGAUCCAAACCUUGUAAUCGUUGAAAGCAAGGAAAGGGUUCAGCUGAAGCUUUCCCAGUUUCCUGCUCUUGAGUUGGAUAAGUUCCUGGAGGAUGUGAGGAAUGGGAUCUAUCCUCUCACGGCAUUCGGGAUGCAAUGCCCACAGCAACCCCAGCAGGAGGCUGUUAAGUCACCUAUUGUACCACCUUCUGUCAAAACCCCCACACCAGAGCCUGCAGAGCUGGAGACCAGGAAGGUCCUUCAAAUGCAGUGCAAUAUCGAGCCAGUUGAAGAAGGGGCUAAGCAUCAUCUUACCUUAUUGCUGAAAUUGGAAGAUAAGCUGAACAGACAUCUAAGCUGUGAUUUGUUACCAAAUGAGAAUGUGCAGGAACUGGCUGUGGAGUUGGUUCAGCUGGGGUUUAUCAGUGAGGGGGAUCAGAUGCGACUGGCUUCAGUUCUGGAAGAGGCCUUCACAAAGUUCUACAGCCGCAACGGUUCUCUAAACCCAGUCACUGUGUCAUCCUAGCAGAACUGCAUUCAACCCCACCCUAAGCAUAGUGGCUAGGUCCCUCUUCCCUCCCCUCAUGUCUCAAGGCAUGGUAUCGCAGAGGAUGGUGGGAUCUGUCCUAUCUGUCCUCUUGAAGGGGUGUGGUGGGAGUGGGGGAGGGGUUACUGCCUCCAGCUUUUUUUGUUCUCAGUGUAGACUUCCACUUCUGUUUUGAAGGGAAAACAGAAAAAAGCUAAACCCAGCACAGUUCUAAUUAAUGUCAGUAUUACCAUCUCUUUAAAAAAAAAAAAAAAAAAAAUUAUGAUCUGUGUUAUGGAUCAAUAGCUGUUUGUUCUUGAUCACACCCUUUUUAUUGUCACAAACAAUAGGCGUGGAAUCUCCCCUGAAUUAUCUUCAUACCAUCAAUCUUUGGUUUGCAGUUCAGUUUUGUGUUCUUUCUCUCCCUCUCACUUAGUUUAGUUAUCACUGCCCUAAUUCUCAUGAAUCUGUUCCCUUUUGAACAGAUUCAUGAGGUCAUGUCAUAAGAAGUGUCAUCUUUUUUAAUCUAUUGUAUUUUGUAUGAAUAAAAUGUUUACUGUGGUCUUAACCACAUACA